CGAUGUUUGUCGGUUUCUCGCGUUCAGCGAGAAGAUGAACGAUGGAAACAAACUGGAGGACGAAUUUGACACAGUUUUCAGCACAAACGAGUCCGUACAGUUGUCACAUUACGAAUAUGAGACAACGCAGGCAAAAAUCUUUAAGAUAAUCGUCAUAGGAGAUUCAAACGUGGGGAAAACGUGUCUGACGUACAGGUUCUGCGGAGGAACUUUCCUGAAAAACCCAGAGGCGACAAUCGGGGUGGAUUUCAGAGAGAGGACCCUGGAGCUGGACGGAGAAAGGAUCAAGUUGCAGAUUUGGGACACCGCUGGCCAGGAGCGUUUUCGGAAGAGCAUGGUGGAACACUACUACCGCAGCGUCCAUGCCGUUAUCUUUGUGUACGACAUGACCAGCCUCGCCUCCUUUAGGAGCAUCCCGGAAUGGAUUGAGGAGUGCAGCCGACACUCUGUGGGGUCCCUGGUGCCACGGAUCCUGGUGGGCAACAAGUGUGACCUGAGAGAGCGAUGUGAAGUGCCCACGUCAGCGGCACAGUGCCUCGCCGACAGCUACAACUUUCCGCUGUUUGAGACUUCAGCCAAGGACCCUGCUGAGAAGGAGCAUGUGGAUGCCAUCUUCUUUACUUUGGCUUAUCGGCUGAAAAACCAUAAACCUCUGAGACUGAAGCAGCUGAGUGAGAGCAACGCCACCCACCUGUGGAACCAGGGAGAGCCUGAAGGCCAAACCUGCUUGUGCUGAAAUGUCCCUCGAUCCAGUGUAGAUGUCCGGAGGAGGUAUGGACACCUUCAUGGACUCCAAGAGGUCUCAGAUUAAAAGCAGGACUUCUGGCUGGGUUCUGUCAUCCUUUG